AUGUCCUCCAACGCGAUCGUCCUUCUGGAUAUCCCCUGCGUCGUCGAAGGUCAUGUCUGGUCACCCAACACAUGGAAGACGAGAUUUGCUUUGAACUACAAAGGCCUUCCUUUCACGGUGAAGUGGGUCGAGUAUCCCGACAUUGCGCAAGCAUGCAAAGACAUUGGCGCCGAUCCAACUAGCACUCGUGCAGACGGGUCUCCUAACUACACACUUCCUGCGAUCUACGAUCCGUCCACCGGCAGGGGCAUAGCAGAGUCUGCCCUGAUUGCACGAUACCUUGAUAAAACAUAUCCCGACACUCCUAGACUCAUUCCUGCAGAAACAGAUGUGUUUCAUGCAGCCUUUCAAGAAGCAUUUCUCCACUUAAUCCAGUCGAAGAUGCUGGAAAUUAUGUUGUGUCCAACCGCCGCUCAGCUAAAUCCACCCAGCGAGGCAUACUUCCGAAGGACCCGGGAGGCAGGUUUUGGAAAGCGAUUGGAAGAGCUUUCGCCAGAUGGAACUGUUCGAGAGAUGCAGUGGAAACAGUUGCAGGAGAGAUUCACCAUAAUGGCAGGAUGGUUUUCUAUGGACGGAAACGACAAGCUAUUCUUCAUGGGAAACAUCAUAAGCCACGCCGAUACUAGCGUUGCAAGCUGGUUAAUAUGGGUAAGGCAGGUGCUAGGACCGGAUGGACCAGAGUGGAUGGCGAUUCAGACGUGGGACGGUGGAAGGUGGGCAAGGUACAUGCAGUACUUCGAGAAAUACGAGGUAGCCAGUGCUUGA